UCGGUUCUCGCGCUGGGCCGGGCUCCAGAGCCCCGAAGGCCGCCCAGAGCAGUGAAGGCACGAAAGGAGCUGGGCGCAGGGAGGCCAGACCCCAGCGCGCCACGGGGCAGCAUGGACGCCAGCCUCCCAGGCCUCGCCCUGCUCACCACCGUCUUCCUGAGUGUGGGCACCGCCGACGCUGCCUGGUGGAACCUGGUGCCCAGGAAAACCAUCCCCUACAACGAGCUGAAGGACGUGGCGAAGCGGUUCUCCAAGGCGGGCGUGUCGCACUACAUGACGCUGACGCUGGGCGAGGCCGAGAGGGUGCUGUACGUGGGUGCCCGGGAGGCCAUCUUCGCCCUUGCCACCGGCACCAUGGAGCUGAAGGCAGCGAUCUCCUGGGAGGCUCCGACAGAGAAGAAAGUGGAAUGUAUCCAGAAGGGCAAGAACAACCAGACCGACUGUUUCAAUUACAUCCGCUUCCUCCAGAGCUACAACAGCUCCCACCUGUACGCGUGCGGCACCUUCGCCUUCCAGCCCAAGUGCACCUACAUUGAGCUGUCCAGUUUCUCCCUCAACAGGCUGGCCUUCGAGGACGGGAAGGGGAAGUGCCCCUACGACCCGGCCAAGGGCCACACGGGCCUCAUCGUGGAUGGCGAGCUGUACUCGGCGACGCUCAACAACUUCCUGGGCACGGAGCCGGUGAUCCUGCGCAACCUGGGUCCCCACUACUCCAUGAAGACGGAGUACCUGGCCUCCUGGCUGAAUGAGCCCCACUUCGUGGGCUCGGCCUACGUGCAGGAGAGCGUGGGCAGCCCCAGCGGGGACGACGACAAGGUCUACUUCUUCUUCAGUGAGCGGGCUGUGGAGUACGACUGCUACGCCGAGCAAGUGGUGGCCCGCGUGGCCCGGGUCUGCAAGGGGGAUGUGGGCGGCGCCCGGACCCUGCAGAAGAAGUGGACGACAUUCCUCAAGGCCCGGCUGGUCUGCUCCAUCCCGGAGCAGCAGCUGCACUUCAACCGGCUGCAGGCCGUGUACACGCUGGGCGGGACCACCUGGCGCGACACCACUUUCUUCGGCCUCUUCCAGGCUCGCUGGGGGGACGUGGACGUCUCUGCCGUCUGCCAGUACCACAUUGAGGACGUGCGCAAGGCCUUCGAGGGGCCCUACAAGGAGUACCGGGAGCAGGCCCAGAAGUGGGGCAGGUACUCGGACCAGGUGCCCAGCCCCCGGCCUGGGGCGUGCAUCACUGACUGGCACCGGCAGAAUGGCGUCGCCAGCUCGCUGGAGCUGCCCGACAACACGCUGAACUUCGCCAAGAAGCACCCGCUGAUGGACGAGCCGGUGCUGCCGCGCCACGGCCGGCCCCUGCUGCUCAAGAAGGACGCCAACUUCACCCGCCUGGUGGUGGACCGGGUGCGCGGGCUGGAUGGGGUCUCCUACAACGUGCUCUUCAUUGGGACAGGUGACGGGUGGCUCCACAAGGCCCUGGUCCUGCCCUCCCGCGUCCACCUUGUGGAGGAGCUGCAGGUCUUCGAGCCGGCGCAGCCCAUCGAGAGCCUCGUGCUGGCCCACCAGAAGAAGCUGCUCUUUGCCGGCUCUCGCUCCCAGGUGGCGCGGCUGUCCCUGGCCGACUGCACUAAGUACCGCUCCUGCGCCGACUGCGUCCUGGCCAAGGACCCCUACUGCGCCUGGAGCCGCAAUGCCAGCCGCUGCCUCCGGGCUGACGGCUCUGACGGGUCCCUGCUGGUCCAGGACGUGGUGAACGCGGACACGGCUCUCUGCAACCUCCUCCGAGCACCCCCCUCAGUUAAAGUCACUCCCAAGAACAUCACAGUGGUGGCCGGCACGGACCUGGUCCUGCCCUGCCGCCUCACCUCCAACCUGGCCGGGGCUCGCUGGACCUUCAAUGGGCGGGAGCUGGCCGAGGACCAGGCCUCGGUGCUGUACGACGCCCGCCUGCAGGCCUUGGUCAUCCUGGGCACGGGCCCCCAGCAUGGUGGUGCCUACCGGUGCUUCUCCGAGGAGCAGGGCACACGCCUGGCAGCUGAGGGCUACUUGGUGUCGGUGGUGGCAGGCCCGGCCGCCACACUGGAGGCGCGGGCCCCGCUGGAGAGCCUGGGGCUGAUGUGGAUGGUGGCGAUCGCGCUGGGUGCCCUGUGCCUGGUGCUGCUGCUGGUGGUGCUGUCCCUGCGGCGCCGGCUGCGGGAGGAGCUGGCCAAGGGCACCAAAGCUGUGGAGAGCACCCUGGUGUACCCCAUCGAGCUGCCCAAGGAGCCCCCCAGCCCCAAGUUCGUUCCCAGCGCCACCUCGGACUCGGACGAGAAGCUCUGGGACCCGGCCAGCUACUACUACUCGGAUGGCUCCCUCAAGAUCGUGCCAGGCCACGCCGUGUGCCAGAACGGCUCGGCCACACCCUCGCCCCCCACCAAUGGCAUCCCCGGGCAGCCCCUGGCCUCCCCGCCCCCGCACUCGCCCAACCGCAUCCACCUGGGCAGCGUCCGCGGCUCCUCCUCCAACGGCUACAUCCGCCUGCAGCUGGGCGCCGAGGAGCGGCCCGGCUACAGCGACCUGGCCGAGGAGCUACGCCGCAAGCUCCAGCAGCGCCAGGCGCUGCCCGACUCCAACCCCGAGGAGUCCUCGGUGUGAGGCCGGGGC